GGGUGUCAAGUGCUUGUAUAAACAGGAGUGGUGCAAUCACUGCCCUUCCCUCAGUACUAACCAUCAGCAGAGCCCCUGCGCCAGCCAGCUUGCUCCUGAAGAAAGUGCUGGUUUCCGUGCUAAAUGUGGCUCCUGGGGAAUGCUAAGGGAGUCUGCAGAUCUCAUCUAUUUUGAGGAGAAACCACAGACUCCUUUUUGCCUGGUGGGAGGAACAUGAGCCCCUUGCAUCAGAGGGGGAAACCAGUGAGAUCAGCCACAAAAAGCCGAGAGAGAGAUGCAGAGGAGAAUACAGAAGUCAGACACUGAACCAAAGUCAUUCUUCCAAUUCAAGAGCUACCAGAAGAAUCUGCGACGCCCGGCUCUCUCCCGCCGAACGCGCUGGGCGAGGAAAAUGCUGCCUGUUUGCCUUCUUCUUGCUGCUGUAUGUCUGCAGGGGAGCCUGCUGCAGGAGGCCAGGUCCAAGGACCAGAGAAAGCCAUUCUUUGAAAGGUUUAGGAGACUCGAGGAGCAGUUUCGUCGGUUUCAGGAGGUGACACUGCUGCGUCUCCAGGGGAUCGCCGGGAAUUACAACAUUUCCUACAACAUCGACACCAGGUUCCGGCUCCUGGCGGAGCAGUACGACACCGUUGCGGCUGCUCUCAAUGCGUCGCAUGCCGCCCUGCGGGAGGACCUGGGCUCUUUGAAAACCUGGAUGAAGAAGCUACAGAGAAGAACCAAAAAGCUGGCUUCUAAACUCUCGUCGUUGGCUGAGUCCCUGAGUGAAAGCCGCAAGCAGAGCUCUGGGGAGAGGCUGCAGCUGAGCGCUCUUCUGUCCAACCUAACCCUGCAGACUGCAGGCCACACGGCGGACCUCACUGCCCUGCGCGCCAGCAGGAACACCCUACAGAAAGAGCUGGCGAGCCUGCGAGAGGCCAGUCGGAGCCAGGGAACCAAAAUGGAGGCUCUGGAGCAGCAGCUGAAGAACACGCUGCACAAGGAGGUCCUGGCAUCUGGGCACCAUGAGCUGGCUGCGGCCCAACGACUGAACCAGACACCCCAGGACAAGCUGCCGGAGGCAGGGGGAAGCCAGGGACACCGCGUGAAGAAGCUGCAUGCCAAGCACAAACAAAGGAAGAAGCUGGGGGAAAAGAGGCAGCAGCUCCUGGCCCAGGCUGCAAAGAGGAGGCUGCAGAGUAGCCUGUUCCAUGGCAAUAAGACCCCCGGGCAGGAGAGACAGCCAGAGACACCCACUGUGCCAGAGCCACAAGCUGCCAGGCAGCAGCUCCGCAGGGUGGCCAAGAUCUCACAAGAGCAGCUGCAGUCACCGUCACCUGAGAAGCCAGGCACAAUUUGCAAUGUGGAUUCCAUGCUGCUUUUCCCCAACAAGUCCACUGAAAACUUUGCCACCUUCGGCCAGGGCUUCCAGACCAGCCUGCACGAGCUGUCGGUCUGCAGCUGGGUGAGCACCCACGCUCGCUCCCUGGGCACCAUCCUGUCCUACGCCACGGAGGAGAAUGACAACAAGCUCGUCCUGCAUGGCCGGAACACCGCAGCCCUGGCCUCCAUCCACUUCGUCAUCGGUGACCCAGCUUUCCGGGAGCUGCCGGUGGAGCAGCUCCUGGACGGUGGAUGGCACCACAUGUGUGUCAUCUGGUCCUCCAUCCAGGGCAAGUACUGGUUCUAUGUGGACAGGAGACUGGCAUCCAUGGGCUCCAAGUUCCAGGAGGGCUAUGAGAUCCCCCCCGGCGGGUCGCUUGUUCUGGGUCAGGAGCAGGAUGUGGUAGGGGGUGGGUUUGACCCCUCAGAAGCCUUUGUGGGACGCCUGAGCGGCUUUGCCAUCUGGAACCGCACUUUGAUGCCUGGGGAGGUGUCCAGCAUAGCGAUCGGGAAGGGCCUGCCCCAUGGCACCAUCCUGAGGCUGGCUGAUGUCUCCUCCCUGAAUGGAUCAGUACAGAAGGUGAAUUGCACCUGCCUGGAACACUGUUUGUAAACCAAGCACGCCCCCUUCCGGGCUGUCCCCAGUAAUACAGACUGUGGGCAGCCCAGAGUCCAAAUGCCAGGCAGUUAUCGACAUCAACCUGUGGUGCCUGUUAGCCAGAAUACUUCCUCCGCCCUGCUAAAUAGGCACAAUGCCCUUUUCUCCAUCGGAUGAGAGCCGAGGGGCUCUACUGACACAGCCAUCGCCAUGGAGAUCCCGAGAGGCAUAAAAGCGUCACUCAAUUCUUCCCAUGCCAAUUUAAUGGAAACUUCUUCACAUGAUUGCUCAUGUUUCCUCACUGAGUCCAGAAAUCAGUGCGGCCGUGUCGAGGGUCCAGCCAUGCUGAGAUGACUGUGUCCAAAGGGAUAACCAGCCAGAGGUCAGCUCAUAUCAUACUUCAGCGUCAUAUUGCUUUUCCUCCUGCAGCACUUUUCCAGACCCUUAGCAAAGACCCAGCAAUCACUUCUCCCACCAGUGAAAUGCAGCCAGCUCUGGGGAGGAUUGGGGGUGAGGGAAUGGCAGCUGUUUAACAGUGCACAGCAAUACCACACACCAGAUUAGGACAAGAGAUGAUAGCCUCAGGUGGGAUUUAGAUAGAAUGCAAGUAUUCAAACUGGAACACAGCCACCCUGCACUUAUGGAAAUUGUCACGGAAUUUUUAAUUCCCAGCGAUGGUCGGACCUUAGUCUUAGAUCUCAUCCAAGAGACAGCCCCGUAAUAUCAUGCUGGGCAUGGGUGUGGCCCAGAGAUGGAGGGAAGCGGGCUGUCUCCCACAAAUACCGCUUCUGAUAAGUCCCACUUUUCCAGGAAGGGCUCCCCUCCAAAUACCGACCUAAGCAAACCCCACGGAGCUAACACCAGCCCAGCCCAAGGUGCUGUAGCCGCAUAUAAGCACAGCACCUUGGGGGAAAGGCUCUUGGAUUCUGUUUCCAACCUGAGGUGCAAAUGACUACAGGUCUGUCGCAUCUUAGGCGCAUUUAACAUGUGCUAUUUCAGCUUUACACGGUCGGCAAAAACGAAAAAAGAGGGAAAAAUAACAAUUUAAAUACUGUUGCUAUAGUGCGGGCGAUUCCGCCCGCCAUUACACUCAAUGUAAUUUUGACUAUACGUGAUUUUUGCUUUAGGCGCUGACUGAGGAACGUAACCCCAGUGUAAGAUGAGACAGACCUGUAUUGCAGUUAGUUUUCACACUGAAAUGACAAUGAGGGAACUUGCCUUCAACACUUAAUUCUUCCCAGGAGAGCCCAAGGAGGAGGGCAGGGGGAAGGUGGUCCUGGUAACGCAGCCCAGGACUGCAGUCUAGGUUUGUGAAGUGCUCUUUGAAACAUCAACAGUAACUGUGUACCAGACGGUACGUACCCUGGUCGUAGAGGGUCAAGCUUACCCCUGGGGAUGGGCUUAAUGACUAACUCAAGGAACAAUAACAGAGUAGAAACCUCCACCUAAGCUUUCUCCCCAGGUUGGAUUGUUCCUAGGGCUCCCUGCAAGACCUCCCUGGCUCUGCCCCGAGUUCCCUCUCCCUAAAGGGCCACGCCACCUCUCAGAGUCCGAUGAAGUUCAAAAACGGCAUGUGCCGCAGUGAAGCAGCAAUUCGUGCAGGGCUCUAACCUGGCUAACAGGGCAGGUCAACAGCCGAUCCCUGCCUCUUUGUUCAGCCCUAGCCCUGGCUACAUCCCCCUGUGGUGCCAAACACCCAAACCAAACGGCCUUGAUCUAAUCCUGAAUGAGAGCUGGACAGUUAAACUGGACAGAAACAGCAAUGGUGCCUUUCCCCUGGCCCAAGCUCUUCCUGUGAAACGGCCUCAAGUCUAAAGCGCCUUGGAGAGUCUGGCUGCUGUGGUUGCAGCCUCAAACAGCUCCAAUAAGCUACCAACCUGCUCCAGUAUAACAGGUACCCACUGCAUCCAGCUUGGCCUCGGGAAGCCACAGGAGUGUGGAGGCUCUGUGUGGGCUGGUGGUUUAGCUGAGGUACCUCCACAAUAACCUGUACGUGAUACUGCAGCUGGCUGGAGCAAUGCUGCAUCUCUCUCGUGAACGCGAGGCCUGUGUCUCUUGCAGCUGGGAUCUGGCAACAUUUCAAAUAAAGAAGGAAACAAUCAAA